AUGUUUGAGAGCAUACAGCAGGCAGAUAGUGAGGAGGCCUCUCCACCCUCUGAUGUUCACGAUAAACUCCAUGAGAUCGCCUGUAUCUUGUCUUCUAUGCAGAGGAGGAAAGCAGUUGUCUGUCGGCACCUCACGCCACGAUGGAAACAAUCUCUUAUAUCAUGCUGCGGCGCCGCCCCAGAGCAGCCCGCGCCCCGUCUGCUCGCUGAGGGCAUCCCCCUGCAGCUUCAUCAAGCAGAUAACAGGCAGCUCCCAGCUCUCAGCCCCCCAUCUCCAGGACCCCCUCUAAGACCCUAUGCUCGGGUUUGGAUUCCAGACGUAGAGGAAGUGUGGAAAUCUGCAGAACUCACCAAGGACUACAGACAAGGAGACGGAGUGCUGCAGCUACAACUAGAGGAUGGAUCGGAACUGGAAUACAAAUUGGAUCCCAAAACAAACAACUUGCCGCACCUACGUAAUCCAGAUAUUCUGGUUGGAGAGAACGACCUGACAGCACUCAGCUACCUGCACGAGCCUGCUGUCUUACACAACCUCAAAGUGCGCUUCAUUGAUUCCAAACUCAUCUAUACGUACUGCGGUAUUGUACUAGUUGCCAUAAACCCAUACGAGACGCUGCCCAUCUAUGGAGCCGACAUCAUUAAUGCAUACAGCGGACAGAAUAUGGGCGAUAUGGACCCGCACAUCUUUGCAGUGGCAGAAGAGUCUUAUAAACAGAUGGCCAGAGAUGAGAGGAAUCAGUCCAUCAUUGUGAGUGGAGAAUCUGGUGCUGGUAAAACUGUCUCUGCCAAAUAUGCCAUGCGGUUCUUUGCCAUCGUCAGCGGCUCUGCCAGCGAGGCUAGUGUGGAGCAGAAAGUCCUGGCGUCCAACCCCAUCAUGGAGUCCAUAGGUAACGCCAAGACCACCAGGAAUGACAACAGCAGUCGCUUUGGGAAAUACAUUGAGAUUGGCUUUGAUAAGAAAUAUCACAUCACUGGAGCGAACAUGAGGACAUAUCUACUAGAGAAAUCACGAGUCGUAUUUCAGGCGGAUGAAGAGAGGAACUAUCACAUCUUCUAUCAGCUGUGCGCAUCGGCUAAACUGCCUGAAUUUAAAGCCCUCAAACUUGGGAUGGCUAAUGAUUUUCACUACACCAAACAAGGCAGGAACCCGGUGAUAGUCGGUGUGGACGAUGCAAAGGAGAUGUCGAGCACCAGGAACGCCUUCACGCUGCUAGGUGUGAACGAGUCAUAUCAGAUGGGCUUGUUUCAGAUUCUGGCUUCCAUUUUACACCUAGGGAAUGUGGAAGUGAAGGACAGAGACUCAGACAGCAGUGUUAUUCCACCAAACAACGGUCAUCUGAGUGUGUUUUGUGAGUUAAUGGGCAUUACGUAUCAGGAUAUGUCUCACUGGCUGUGUCAUAAGAAGCUAAAGACAGCGACCGAGACCUACAUAAAGCCCGUUCCCAAACUACAGGCCAUUAACGCCCGUGACGCUCUUGCUAAACAUAUCUACGCCAAACUCUUCAACUGGAUCGUUGAUCAUGUGAACAAAGCUUUGCAUUCCACGGUCAAACAGCACUCGUUCAUCGGCGUCCUAGACAUUUAUGGGUUUGAAACAUUUGAGAUCAACAGUUUUGAGCAGUUCUGUAUUAAUUAUGCCAAUGAGAAACUACAGCAACAGUUCAACAUGCAUGUGUUUAAGUUGGAGCAGGAGGAGUAUAUGAAGGAGCAGAUCCCCUGGACUCUCAUUGAUUUCUAUGACAAUCAGCCGUGUAUCAACCUCAUUGAGGCCAAGAUGGGCGUCCUGGACCUGCUGGAUGAAGAGUGCAAGAUGCCGAAGGGUUCUGAUGACUCGUGGGCUCAGAAACUGUAUAACACUCACUUGAAGACGUGUGCACUUUUUGAGAAGCCACGGAUGUCCAAUAAAGCUUUCAUUAUUCAGCACUUUGCAGAUAAGGUGGAGUAUCAAUGUGAAGGUUUUCUGUUGAAGAAUAAGGAUACAGUGAAUGAGGAGCAGAUAAAUGUGCUGAAGGCCAGUAAGAAGUUUGACCUGCUGGUGGAGCUGUUCCAGGAUGAGGAGAAAGCCACGAGUCCGGCCGGAGCGGUUCCUGCCACUGGAGGGCGCACUCGCCUCAGCGUCAAACCAGGCAAGAUCAGGCAAGCCGGCCAGGCCAGCAAAGAGCACAAGAAGACUGUCGGACUGCAGUUCCGAAACUCCCUGCAGUUGUUAAUGGAGACGCUGAAUGCAACUACGCCACAUUACGUUCGCUGCAUCAAACCCAACGAUUACAAAUAUGCCUUCACGUUUGACCCCAAGAGGGCAGUACAGCAGCUGCGUGCAUGUGGAGUUCUGGAAACAAUCCGCAUCUCUGCGGCCGGUUUCCCAUCUAGGUGGACAUAUCAAGAGUUCUUUAGCAGGUACCGUGUGCUGAUGAAGCAGAAAGAUGUUUUGACAGAUAAGAAGCUGACCUGCAAGAAUGUUCUGGAGAAUCUGGUGCAGGAUCCAGAUAAGUACCAGUUUGGCAAGACCAAGAUCUUUUUCCGGGCAGGGCAGGUCGCUUUCCUGGAAAAACUACGUGCAGAUAAGCUGCGUGCUGCCUGCAUCCGUAUACAGAAGACGAUCCGCUGCUGGCUGGUGCGCAAGAAGUACCUGCGCAUGAAACACGCUGCCACAACCAUUCAGAGAUACAUCCGUGGAUACCAGGCCCGCUGUCUCACAAAGUUCAUGCGGCGCACACGUGCUGCAAUCAUCGUUCAGAAAUACCAGCGCAUGUAUGUGCAGAGAAGGUGUUACAAACGCAAGCAGGCUGCAGCACUGGUCAUGCAGUGCAUACUCAGAGCGUACAUGGCCAGACAACUGUACAAAGCGCUGUUGCGUGAGCACAAGGCAGUCAUCAUUCAGAAGAUGGUUCGCGGCUGGCUGGCGCGGCAGUGGUACAAGCGAUCACUCAAAGCCAUCGUGUACCUGCAAUGUUGCAUUCGCCGCAUGCGAGCCAAGCGUGAGUUCAAGAAGCUCAAGAUCGAGGCGCGAUCGGUCGAACACUUCAAAAAGCUCAACAUCGGCAUGGAGAACAAGAUCAUGCAACUGCAGAGGAGGGUAGACGAGCAGAACAAAGAGAACCGUUCUCUCAGUGAGCGUUUGAGCGGUCUGGAGAUCAGUCAUGCUUCAGAGUCUGAGCGUCUGCGUGGGGAGUUAAAACGUCUGCGAGGGGCGGAGGAGGAUGCCAAAAACAAUGCAAACAGAGUGACCUCUCUCCUGGAGGAGCUGGAGCGACUGCGCAAAGACCUGCAGAACACACAGAAAGAGAAGAAAGUCAUCGAGGACUGGGCGCGAACAUACCAGGAUGAGACGGAACAGAUGAUCUCAGAACUGAAGGAGCAAAACCACUUGCUGAAGAAUGAGAAAGACGACCUGAACCGACUGAUCCAGGAACAGGGCCAGCAUUGGACAGAGAAAAUGCAGAGAGCUCUAAAAGAGGAAACCCAGCAGUUAGAAAACGAUUUAAACGAGGAACGUUCUCGCUACCAGAACCUCCUUACCGAACACCUGCGACUCGAGGAGAAAUACGACGAUUUGAAAGAGGAGAUCACUCUCACCAUGAAUGUUCCCAAACCUGGUCACAGACGCAGAGACUCCACACACAGCAGCAACGGAUCAGAUUGGACCUACAACUCUGAGUUCGCAGAGUCCGAGGAGGGUUCCCGCGUGGGGGAGGAUGUUUCCAAGUCAAUGGACAUGUCGCUCUUCCUGAAGCUGCAGAAGAGAGUGUCCGAACUCGAGCAGGAGAAACAAUCACUGCAGAACGAACUCGACCGCAGAGAAGAGAAGUUUCAGCGGGCUAGAGCUAGGGAUGACGAGGAACAUAAGAAAUCUCGUAGUGCUGAGCUGGAGUAUGAAUCUCUCAAGCGUCAGGAGUUGGAGUCUGAGAAUAAGAAGCUGAAACAUCAUCUGAAUGAGAUGCGUCAGUCUCUGAGAGGAAAUGCUGAGGCCACUUCUGCCGCUCCUGGUUCUCCUGCCUACACUGUUCUGUUGGACCAGCUCAACUCCUCCAAUGAGGAGCUGGAGGUGCGUAAGGAGGAGGUGCUCAUCCUGCGCUCUCAACUCGUCAGCCAGAAAGAAGCCAUGCAGCACAAGGAGACCAUGACUGAACCUCUGCCGUACAUUGAGGAUGUGCAGAAGUUGACUGAUGCGAAGGAGAUCUCACAGGCCUACAUGAGUCUCAAAGAGACCAACAGAUCACCCAGGUUUACUCACAGGCCGACUGAAAUGAACGAGCUCAUGAGCAGGCUGAGAUCCCCUUUCCCUGACUACCAUAAGCUGAAUGAGGAUGGGGAACUGUGGCUGGUUUAUGAAGGGUUAAAGGAAACUAACAGGUUGUUGGAGUCUCAGCUGCAGGCUCAGCGGCGCUCUCAUGAGAAUGAGGUGGAGGUUUUGCGUGGAGAGCUUCAGAGCGUUAAAGAGGACAAUAAUCGUCAGCAGCAGCUGUUGGCGCAGAACCUGCAGCUUCCUCCAGAGGCCAGAAUCGAGGCCAGCUUGCAACAUGAGAUUACUCGCCUCACCAACGAGAACCUGGAGCUUAUCUCAGACGACCCAAAGGAGUAUAAAGCCUACAGAAUCAGCAUGUUACGCAGGAUGGUUGAUCUCAUGGAGCAGCUGGAGAAACAGGAUAAGACGGUCCGCAAACUGAAGAAACAGCUCAAAGUCUUCGCCAAGAAGAUAAACGACCUGGAAGGUGGUCAGAUUGAUGUGUCUCCAGGACAGACGACCGAUGAGUCUGUUCAUCCAGUGAACAUUCCACGCAGAGAGAAAGAUUUCCAGGGAAUGCUGGAAUACAAGAAAGAGGAUGAACUCAAGCUGGUCAAAAACCUCAUACUGGAGCUCAAGCCUCGAGGUGUGGCGGUGAAUCUGAUUCCUGGUCUGCCAGCCUACAUACUGUUCAUGUGUCUGCGGCACGCUGAUUAUGUUAAUGAUGACCAGAAAGUGAGAUCUCUGCUCUCCUCCAUCAUCAACAGCAUCAAAAAGAUACUCAAGAAACGAGGAGACGACUUUGAGACCAUUUCCUUCUGGUUGUCGAACACAUGUCGUUUUCUGCACUGCCUGAAACAGUACAGCGGAGAUGAUCAAUUCAUGAAGCAUAACUCCCCCAAACAGAACGAUCACUGUCUCUCCAACUUUGACCUGGCCGAAUACCGGCAGGUUCUGAGUGAUCUGGCCAUUCAGAUCUACCAGCAGCUCAUCAAGUGUAUGGAGAGCAUCCUGCAGCCCAUGAUCGUCUCUGGGAUGCUGGAACAUGAAACCAUUCAGGGCGUGUCUGGGGUGAAGCCCACUGGUCUCCGUAAGAGGACGUCCAGUGUUGCUGACGAGGGGACGUACACACUGGACUCCAUCAUCCGUCAGCUGAACACCUUCCACUCCAUCAUGUGUCAACACGGCACUGACCCGGAGCUCAUCAAACAGGUGGUCAAACAGCAGUUCUACAUCAUCGGAGCCGUCACAUUAAACAACCUGCUGCUGCGUAAAGACAUGUGCUCCUGGAGCAAGGGCAUGCAGAUCAGGUAUAAUGUUAGUCAGCUGGAGGAGUGGCUGAGAGAUAAGAACCUCAUGAUGUGCAGCGCUAAAGAGACGCUGGAGCCGCUCAUUCAGGCCGCUCAGCUGCUGCAGGUGAAGAAGAAAACUGAUGAAGACGCUGAGGCCAUUUGCUCCAUGUGUAACACCCUCUCUACUGCACAGAUUGUGAAGGUGCUGAAUUUGUACACACCUGUCAAUGCAUUUGAAGAGCGUGUGACAGUAACCUUCAUAAGAACAAUACAGACACGUUUAAGGGAUCGAAAGGAGUCGCCUCAGCUGCUGAUGGACACGAAACUCAUCUACCCCGUGACCUUCCCGUUUAACCCCUCCUCCCUAGCCCUGGAAACCAUUCAGAUCCCUGGCAGCCUCAAUCUGGCCUUCCUCACUCGUGUGUAGACCCGUCAAUCACCUCACCUCAGCCAAUCACACGACAGGAACAGACACCUAAAAUAUAUAGAACAUAAAAAAAGAAUUACAAAAACAAACCACACACUCAAAGAGAACACAAUUCAGACAUUGUCACCAAUCCCUCUUAUUGCUCUUUCCUUCACGCAUCACUUUUGUUUGUCCAAAGGCUGAAUCUCACAAAACCUGACAAGAAUAUAUCCUAUUGGUCGUAUUUCAGCCCAAAAUCAAAAGAAGAAAAUUUGAAUCUAUAUUUUGACUUAGCAAAAGUAAGCCUUACUUCUUAGGACCAAUAAGAUUUUUUUUUUCUUACAAUAUUUUGAUGACAAUUUCAAGCACAAUUCCCACCCAAAUGUGUAUUACUGUAAUGCAAAAAAAAUCUUAUUCUUAUUAUUUUAAUGUGAAAACACAACAAAAACAAUUCUAUAAUAUUUAAAUGGUUAAAUGGUUUCUAAUUAAAUUUAUGAAUAUGAUAUGAUGAGAAUUAUAGUUAAUUAUGUAUUAAUUAUAAUUUUUUUCACAAUGCAGUAAUGAGAAUUUUGGAGUGCUUUAUGUCAUAAAAAAAUCUUAAUGGUCCUAAAAACAGGCUUCAAUUGCUUUGUGUAAAAUGUCUUAUUUUUGGGGGGGGUCAAAUGUGACCAGGUGUGUUUUUGUGAGAUUCAGCCCAAAAUAUGGAUUAUUGAAUGGAUGUUUUGCAUAAUGAAUAGAACGUUAUGGAAGAAAAAGAGAACAUUUUAACACUGUCACAACCAGAAUACCAUCAUGGCUGUAUAAUCUUAUAUAUAUAUAUGAAUAUGUAUGACGCUAGGAUAUUUGAUUUAUUGCUUUAUCAGAUAUUUUUCUCUCCAAUGCUAGCUAACAUUGAUAUCCAGUUGCUCGUCCAUAUCACAUAAAUAACCUAGACCUGUUUAAAAAGACCUUGGAGCUCUGUGGACUUCAUUAACAUCGAUGUUUAUUUGUUAGUGGCGUGUGGUGACAUUGAUUCAACAGACUUUUCCAAGGAGAUGGUAGAGUCCAGACCCAGGGCACGGUGGGGCUGUUUCAAGGGGGUCAGGUCAUGGGGACAUUUGGGAUUCAACCCUAUCCAAAACCUGAGAUUCCAGGGUUCUGGUUCCUCAGGUUUUAUCAGAGCUAGACCCGGUUUAGGUAGGAUCAAGUCUUAAGAAUGAGGUUUAAUGUGGUUUUAGAUGGUUUGGUUCCUCUACCAUGUUCUUGUCAUGAAGAUAUGUCCAGGUCGUAUUUGACCCCAAAAUCACAGAUUUUCUUUUAUAAAUAUAUAAUUUAUAAAAUAAAAAAUAUUAAAUAUUAAAUGUCAAAUAUAAAUAAUUUCAAUUAUAAUAUAAAUUAUACUCUACAUAAAGAAAAUGAAGCCAAUUUUAGAACCAUUAAGAUUUUUUGCAUUGUGACACAAUUAUGCACAAUUUCCCCCCAAAUUCUCAUUACUGUAAUAGAAUAAUGAUAAUAAUCCUGUGUGGAUUUUUUAUUUAUUAUUAAAUUAGGUUUAUUCAUUAUUAAAAUCAUUAUAAGAUCCAUUAUGCAAAUCAUUAUCAUUUUGUCUUGUUUUCCAGGAUAUCUAAAUAUCCUUAGAUCUUGUUCAUAAACAUAAACAAAAUAUAGUGGGAUAAAAAGAAGAAAUUAAUAUUUAAUAAAACAAUUUAAAAAAUAAAGUUUUUUUUUCUUGUAAGCAUGAACAUUCCUCAAUUUUGUAAGAUUUCUCUGAAAAAAAGAGUAAUUAUCUUGUCAUUUUGUCAUUGUUCAUGAUAUUUAUUUG